CCAUUUUAACAAUCGAUUGUUUCGCCUGCCUGCUUAUCCUUGUGAUGGUGCAGUUUUGUUUUGUUAUGUUUUUCAUCUAUAUCUCCCCUCCGCUGUCACGGUUCUUGUUCUUCCUUCUCUUUUUCUAUAAAUAAGUGCAAAGUGGAUGUGGGUGAAUAGGCUAUGACCUGCGCAUUCCUGGGAGGGGGACGGGAUUUGCGAUGUUGGAGUACGUAGAGCCGACGAUAAAUGCAACACGAAAAAUAUUAACAAAUUCGCCGUCGAUGUACGUGAAAUUCAAAUCGUGGCUGCUGCAGCAACAGACCGCAGAGGCCGGUGGUAACACGGCUGAAACCAUCUGCGGAACCCUCGUCAACUCCAAGUUGGAAAAUGUUCGUAUGUUAGAUCGUUACUCGAAAACACCAUUGAUUGGAACACUAUUUCUUACAACAUCACAUCUCAUCUUCGUCGAUCCCGAAGACAAGAAGGAAACAUGGAUCGCUAUAAUGCACAUUGCGAAUCUGGAAAAGCUUCCUUUGACCACAACAGGGUCACCGCUUUUGAUCCGCUGCAAGAAUUUCCUGUCGGUGACGUUCGUGAUACCCCGAGAAAGGGAUUGUCAUGACAUCUAUCUGACGUUGCAGCUGUUCUCGCAGCCCAGCAACGUCGAAGAUUUGUACUGCUUCACGUACAAAGCGAUCCCCGCAAAUAUGUCGCAAAGCACCGGCUGGGACUUUUACGAUCUGCAAUCGGAAUACAAGAGGAUGGGCGUACCGAACGACCAAUGGGGUUUGACCAACCUCAACAAGGAUUACGAGUUGUGUGAUACUUAUCCGCGCCAUCUGCACGUGCCGCUCUCGGCCACGACGACGACUCUGAUGGGUAGCUCAAGGUUUCGCUCGAAAGGACGUUUACCGGUGUUGUCGUAUCUUCACCACAAUAAAGCAAGCAUUUCGAGGUGUAGUCAACCUUUGUCAGGCUUUAGCGCGAGAUGCGUCGAGGAUGAGAAGAUGUUCAAUCACGUGCUCAAAACCAAUCCGAAUUCCAGUUACAUGUACGUGGUCGAUACGAGACCAAAGAUAAACGCGUUCGCCAAUAAAGCGGCAGGAAAAGGGUACGAAAAUGAGGCUUUCUACGAGAACAUCAAGUUCCAUUUCCUCGGUGUCGAGAAUAUACACGUCAUGCGGAACAGCUUAGAUAAAGUGAUCGAAACUUGUGAGCAGAAGAAUCCAACGAUUAAUAGUUUCCUGAGCGGAUUGGAGUCAAGCGGUUGGUUGAGGCACAUAAAAUCCAUCCUCGACACGUCCUGGUUCAUUGCUCAAGCCUUGGAGGAGGGAAUCAGCGUCGUCGUGCAUUGCUCCGAUGGUUGGGACAGGACCGCUCAAGUUUGCUCUCUAGCCUCGAUUCUGCUGGAUCCGUACUACAGGACCAUUACCGGAUAUCAAGCUCUGAUUGAAAAGGAUUGGUUGGCUUUCGGGCACAAAUUCUCCGAACGCUGCGGGCACGUUCAGAGCGACAGCAAGGAAGUAUCUCCAAUCUUCACGCAACUUCUGGACGCCACGUGGCAGCUGAUGCAGCAGUUCCCAUUAACAUUCCAAUUCAACGAGCGCUUUCUGCUCAAUCUCCACGACCAUGUACAUUCGUGCCAGUACGGCACCUUCGUCGGAAACUGCGAGAAGGACAGGCUCGAUCUCAGAUUGAGCGAACGCACCUAUUCCCUUUGGGGCAAAGUCGCACGCAACAUCAACGAGUUCUUGAACCCUCUUUACUCUCCAGAAGAAACCACCGGACUUUUAACACCCAAUCUGGUUCCGCAAAACAUUAAAUUCUGGAGAGGCAUGUACUGCGGUUUCGAAAGCGGAGUGCAUCCGCGAGAACCCAUAGGAGAUAUUCUUCUGGACACGUGCGAUCACACCUCUUCUCUCGAGGAUCACAUCAAAUACUUGACCAAGCGUAUCUCUUCGGUGAAAGCUUUGCUUCUGAACGCGGAUAAACGCAGCAUCGAGAAGAAACCGGACAACACUAAUUCCACGGACAAUAAAUUCCUUUAUGAAAAAGCGAGUCUUCGGGAGCUCGAGUCGGCGGACCACGACCAUCCACUGAAGUUAGGCUCUGAAGAUAAUCAGGGGAGCGAUGCGAAUGAGAAGGUCGGCGAAAUCACCAAGGAUCUCAAUUCCGUGGCGCUCGACUGGAAGGCCGUACGUAGCGUCACUGAAUGCUCGUGCUCGAAAGCCUUCGAUCAGUUCACAAGAAAAUAUCAUUGCCGGAAGUGCGGUGAUAUUUUCUGCAUGAGAUGCAUUGACCAGCAGUGCGAACUUCCGGGCCACAUGAGCCGGAAACCGAUGCCGGUCUGUCGGCCCUGCUACGACAAUUUGCAGACCGUCUCCUUCGAUGGACCAGAAUAAAUGCUGUGCUAUUGCGCUCUUUCAUUUUUCGCACUUAAUGUUACUUUUGGACUGACCGAAUUUGGGGAAGAACUGUUAUAUAUACGCUCGCUAAUCAAAAAAAAAAUAAGUAGAGUAAAGAGAAUUAUUUUUUAAGUUCAAACCUGUUGGUUUCUAUUCUUAAUAAGUUUAAUAAAAUGUUAAAU